UUUCUAAUUUCAAAAUAAUGAACAUAUAUUCAUUUAUAACUGUGCGCCUUGAUUUUAGGGCCAGUUCAACUACCUAUUUAUAUUUAAGCAAAUUUCAUUGUUUUUUUUCUCCCGUCGAGUAAGAUCAGAAAUCUUACAAAAUUCCAGUCAGCUAUAUAGUAUUUCUUUAUCAAUUUUGAAUUCAAAUUAUUGCGAGUAAACUAUGCAGCCCCGAAAUAAAUUAAGCAAGUGUUCGACCAAUAUAACGCCCUGCGUGCAGCAAAUGUGUUUCUAUGGCACUAGACGACAUUUAUUGGCUAUGCAGGCUAUGUCCGCUCAAAAGAAUCGGAAUUGGACAGAAGUGCCCGGAAGCUAUAUAAGAAUGCCCGGCUAUGACCCUGAUGCAACCCUUAAGAGUACCGGUGCCCAGUGCUUGGGCAAUGUCCGAGCAGUAUUAUCCCUCUGGAAAAUAGGUGGCAGAAGAAGAAGCGAUGAGUCAAGAAUGCGUUCCACACACUCAAAAGAAUCGGAAUUGGACAGAAGUGCCCGGAAGCUAUAUAAGAAUGCCCGGCUAAGGAGUUUGCCUUUGAGGAAGCCCAUGCGAGGAAAAACCAAUGACCCUGAUGCAAGACCCCUAAGAGUACCGGUGCCCAGUGCUUGGGCAAUGUCCGAGCAGUAUUAUCCCUCUGGAAAAUAGGUGGCAGAAGAAGAAGC